CAUGAGCCAGCAGAUGACCACCUCGCUGCCUCAAUAUUAUUGUGGCCGUGGUGCCGUGUCUCUUUGCUCUCUCGCUUGCGUAUCGAGACCAGAGCAGAGCAAAGCAAAAGCUAAAGAACAUAGCAGCAGAAGCAGAGUAAGAAGGCUUCUUCUUCUCUUCCCUUCUCUCUGUUCUCCUCUCCUCCGUCUUCUUUUUAGUUCUUCUGCUCUGUUGGAAUUUCCUUUUUAGGGUUCCGCCUUGAGCUUCUUCGUGGUUUGGAUUCGAUUUCUCUAGCGGUUUUCGUCGGUCUGAGGUAGGAGGAGGGGAGUAAGGCGUCGCGGAUCUGCAGGGGAAUGCCAGGCUCAGCCGUUGGAGGCUAGGCCUUUCACAUCGGAGAAUGCGGCGGUUCGGUCGUGAAGGAGACGCCAAUGGAGGGGCGGACGCGGCGGUUGCAGAAGGAGAGAAGCCAGUGGUUGUAGCCGUCCCUUCUGUGGCCCCGGAUGAGGCGUUCCACUACGCGAGGAGUAGAUCUCAAGGCGGUGGCGGUAGGAGAGUCGCCCCUGCCAUUGGUCCACCCGAUGAGGAGGCGGCAGCGGAGGUGGCGGAGAAGGUGCUUGCGAAUGGGGAUAUGUACACUGGGUCUUUCGUCGGGAACGGCCCCCACGGACGGGGGAAAUAUUUGUGGGCGGAUGGGUGUAUGUAUGAGGGUGAAUGGAGGCGGGGGAAGGCGGCUGGGAAGGGCAAGUUCUCGUGGCCCUCCGGCGCGACGUUUGAGGGCGACUUUCGCUCCGGACGGAUGGAGGGGUUCGGGACAUUCACUGGAUCGGAGGGAGACACCUACCGCGGUCUCUGGGUCGCCGACCGGAAGCACGGCUACGGAUGUAAGUGGUACGCGAACGGCGACUACUAUGAGGGCGGGUGGCGUCGCAACCUCCAGGAGGGUAGAGGCAGGUAUGUGUGGCGGAGUGGGAAUCAGUACGUCGGGGAGUGGCGGAACGGCGUCAUCUCCGGCCGUGGCUUACUUAUCUGGGCGAAUGGCAACCGCUACGACGGACUUUGGGAGAACGGCGUGCCUAAAGGAAGCGGCGUUUUCACGUGGCCCGACGGCAGCUGCUGCGUACGUAACCGCAGCAAAGGCGAUCUCAAGAGCAUCAACGGUGCCUUUUACCCUGCUCUCUCAGGUGGCAAAAAGAUCACCGGAAAAAGGAGCCCAUUCUCCCCUCUGGAGGAAACCUUCGUGCUCCCGUCAUUGAUUCCCGGUUCAAGGAAGAGGUCAUCGGUGGAUGGGCUGGGUCGGAGGAGCUCCACCAUGGAGAAAAACUUCCCGAGGAUCUGUAUCUGGGAAUCUGAUGGUGACGCAGGAGAUAUCACAUGUGAUAUUAUAGACACAAUUGAGGCGGCCAUGCUCUACAAGGAUGGGAUGCCCUUCGCUCAGGGAGGACGCACACUCGUUGGUUCCAUCACGCAGCGGCGCAGCUCAUGUUUCUUGUCGACGAGAGAGCCAAAGAAGCCCGGGCAGACUAUAUCGAAAGGGCAUAAGAAUUACGAUUUGAUGUUGAACCUUCAAUUGGGCAUCAGUUAUUCUAUUGGAAAGCCUGGUUCGUUGAGAGAGCUCAGAACAGCGGAUUUUGAUCCCAGGGAGAAGUUUUGGACAAGAUUUCCUCCUGAGGGUUCAAAGAUUACUCCUCCCCAUCAAUCUAUCGAGUUCCGUUGGAAGGAUUAUUGCCCCAUGGUUUUUAGACACUUGAGGAAAUUGUUUAAUGUGGAUCCAGCAGAUUAUAUGCUAGCUAUAUGUGGAAAUGAUGCACUGAGGGAAUUGUCUUCACCGGGAAAGAGUGGGAGUGUCUUUUACCUUACCCAAGAUGAUCGCUUCAUGAUUAAGACAGUGAAGAAAUCUGAAGUGAAGGUACUUCUUAGGAUGCUUCCAAGUUACUACAAACAUGUUUCUAUGUAUAAAAACUCACUGAUCACAAAGUUCUAUGGUGUGCAUUGUGUGAAGCCAAUUGGUGGACCAAAGAUACGAUUCGUGGUAAUGGGCAAUUUGUUCUGCUCAGAAUACCAUAUUCAUAGAAGAUUUGACCUGAAAGGUUCAUCCUAUGGUCGAACAUCUCACAAGGCUGAGGAAGAGAUUGAUGAGGUAACGACCCUCAAGGAUCUUGACCUUAACUAUGUAUUUCAACUUCAUAGGUCAUGGUACCUAGACCUUCUAGAACAAAUCAAACGGGAUUGUGAAUUCUUGGAAGCAGAGGGUAUUAUGGACUAUAGUCUUCUGUUAGGAAUUCAUUUCUGUGAUGACAUUUCACCAUCUUAUACAGGUCUAUCACCGCGCUCUCCUUCUCUGAAGGGUUAUCGCAAGAGUGACUCCUUCCUAGAUCGAAUAGCUUGGUCAGACUUGCGGUUCUCAAAGUCUACCCAUCGAAGUAUGAGUACAACAAGGGAUGACCGGAAUCCCCCCUUGCGUCAGCUAGGUAUAAACAUGCCUGCAAGAGCAGAGCGCACAACAAAUAGUAGGUCGAUGUCAAUCCCCAACGGCAAUGCCCAUAAUGUAAUUCUCUAUUUUGGCAUCAUAGAUAUCCUCCAAGGCUACAACAUCUCUAAGAAGUUAGAGCAUGCCUACAAAUCCUUGCAAGUGGAUCCCAAUUCCAUCUCAGCAGUAGAUCCAAAGCUCUACUCUAGGAGAUUCCAAGAUCUCAUCCGGCGAAUUUUUGUAGAAGAUGGUUGAUUUGGAAGUAACAUGAUCUUGUGAGGCACAAAUUCGCAGAAGUUAGUGGCUCUGCUGUUCUAGCAACAGUUGACAAGAGUCAAGUAUGACAACGGAAUUUGGGAAAAUGCUAUCAGCAGACUUGUGAGGUAAAAACAUCUUUGCCAUAUAGAAGACCUAUGAUGAAUAAAUUCUAAGGGUCAUAUAUCCAUUUAAUGAAGGUGAAUUUACGGUAAGUGGGAUUUGAAGCUCAGUUUCACAUUCAGCAAACAAAGCUUCAACUCAAUGAUUUGUCUCGGGGAUGGAGGCCAGUCUGCCAAAUUCGUUCAAGGCUGAAUUUUGAAAGGUCAGCCAUUGGGGAGUUACAAGUUACUUGUUUUUGCUAGUGAGAGCACAAUUUUGUUUACUGAAAAAAGGUGGAGGGAAAAGAGUGAGAAAUAUAUCAUGCAUGCUCUUGAGUCUUGUGAAAUGUAAUGUACAGGAUCACGAACAUAUUCACAGAUCAAGCUUUAAUUCCCACUCUCACUUCUAUAUAA